AUGUGGCGAGACCGCACCAACCUAUACAUCUCCUAUCGGCAGUCUUACGCGCACCAUCCCACUCAGCGAAGACCAUAUGGGCCCGGCGCCUCUGCUUCUGGUUCCCUUGCCGACGACUAUAUCAGUAGCUAUCCCAACGAUGAUCGUCGUGGUCUUCUCUCCAACGGGGCCUUUGAGGAUGAUGGCGAUGCUGUGAUUGAAAUGGAUGUCCUGCCCCCAAGGUGGGCUCAGUUUUCGGACGAGAUUACCGAUUUGCUCGCCGAUAUUGCGACAAAGGGCCAGCGCUUGGAGAAGCUGCAUCAGAAACAUGUUCUACCAGGUUUUAAUGAUGAGGAGGCGAAGAAGGCCGAGGAGGCGCAAAUAGAGAAGCUUACUCAGGACAUCACCAAAGGCUUUCAUGCUUGUCAUCGAUGCAUACAAAAGAUUGAGCAGAUGGUACGCGAGUCUCAACAUGCUGGCACAAUUACAAGGGCAGAAGAGACCAUGGCCAAGAACAUUCAGACUUCGCUGGCCUCGCGGGUCCAAGAUGCGAGCGCUGGCUUCAGAAAGAAGCAGAGCGCAUACUUGAAAAAGCUUCGUGGAAUGGGCGGUUUUGGCGCUCUAAGUCCUGGCGAAAGAUCUAGCACUCCCCAACCAGGCUCGUAUCUUGACCCAUCUCUCCAAGAAUCAGACGCCGACCGAUCGUUUUCGCAAUCAACCCUUCAAGCAACCCAACAGCAGAGAGUACUCCAUUCCAAUGAUGCAGCUAUCGCUCAACGAGAGCGCGAGAUCGAGGACAUCGCUCAAGGCAUUAUCGAGUUAUCUGAUCUCUUCCGCGAUCUUCAGAAUAUGGUCAUUGACCAGGGUACGAUGCUCGACCGUAUCGACUACAACGUUGAGCGCAUGAAUACGGACGUCAAGGCUGCCGAUAAGGAGCUAGUGGUUGCGUCAGGCUACCAAAAGAGGACGACCAAACGAAAGAUUAUUCUCCUCCUCAUUCUUAUCAUAUUUGGUAUGAUCAUUUUAUUGGUGAUCAAGCCCAAGAAACAUGGGUAG